AGCAGGAGCUCUCGCAGCUAGGAAUCCGUCCGGCGGUUCUCUCUCUGUCUGAUGCGAAGUUUCCGUUCAAACUUCCGAGGCAAGUGGUCCCAGAUAGAUAGAAAUAGACAACGAUCCCGGGCCGCCGCCAUCCGCACCAACCAGCAGCAGCAGCUUCUUGUCGAUUCACUUGGCUGCUCAGUGCAAAGUGUACGUAUAUCUUACAAGAAGUGCUAGACGGGCUACUAUAUACGGACAACCCUUUAUCAACUCCUUUAUAUUCUUUGGGUGGAAUUUUUGUUUCACACCUCCGCUUCCUCCGCUCUUUUAUUUGCCUCCUCUUUCCUUCGCCGUUUCCUUCGUUGACUUGAUCAAUUCGAAAAAUUAGUGCCGGGUCCAUUAAGUGAAUCUCCCAGCCCAACGUCUUUUUUUUCCACCAUUCGAGUGAAGCCGUCACGCACGCGUGUACGCCGUGUUGCAAAUGGGAAACUCGGUCUGUGCGUGAAAGUUACGUGUCUUUUGAGUCGCCAAUUUCCCGAGCGCUUCGAAAAUUCUCCGAGUCAAUUGCCCGUCACUGCGGUGAGGAGAUUUGCGAGAAAAAAAAUCGGCCAGCAGCAGCAGCCACAGCAGAGAGAGGCUCUCUCUCAACGCUGUUCUUCCGGCCAUCCGAUCCGGAAUCUCUGGUGAAGAGAGAUCCGGUCAGGAGGAAACGGAAAGUGCCGUGGUGGACGGACGGACGGACGGACGUUUGAUAUUGACCCAUCCUCUAGUGCCAUCCCCCACUCUCUCCCGCAAUUUCAUUGCCGUUGCAUUUUAAUCCGCCAGCCCGUCAGUUGUGUAGUCUCUGUAAAGAGAAGAAAUGGAUUUCAGCAGUAGCGGAGGUGCCGGAGGUGCCAGUUCGGGUGGAGGCAGCAAGAAUUACAACGUGACGGCGAGUCUUCAUCACCACCACCAUCAGCAGAUUCACCACAGUGGCAGCAGCAACCACAAUAACUCGUCCGGCGUAGCGUCUCAUCUCAACUCUGCCCACCAUGCCGCGUCGCAUCAACACCAUUCCGGCGGAGGGAACAUCAGUCCUCCGCAGUCGCAUCAUCAGCUCGGCCAUCAACUGGCCGCCCAGGGAUCGACCGCCGCUUCCACCGCCGCAGCCACUACCGUCGUCAAAUCGGAAGAAACGGUCACCGCAACCAACAACAAUAACAACAACAACAACAUGGCGACGUCCUCGACGACUUCCGCCUCGCAACAACAGCAACAACAAACAGCGGCCCAGCAACUGGCAACGGCCGGUUUUGGUGUCAGCGCAGCCGGUGUCAACCUCUCGGUCAAUAUCGGCGUUAACAUCACUGGAGUCACACCGGAAUCCGCAGCCGCUCCUUGGGCCACCGCCGCCGCCGCCUACACAUCCAGAUUCCCGACGUUCGCCAACCCGACGACUUUGGAACAAUUGAAGCAAAGCAUCGAGCAACAGGCGCAGCAACAUCAUCAACGAAAUGGCGGAGUCAAGAAUUUUCUGGGCGGAUCGGGUCCUGGUGGGCAUCACCAUCUGUCCGGACAUUCUUCAGCUACUCUCGGCUCAUCCGUGUCUUCGGGGUCCAUGGUCGGAUCGUCCGGACAUCACCACCACCAUCACCAGACAUCGGGGACGCUGGUCGGGGGUCCGUCGCAUCAUCAUCACUCUGUCCAUCAUCACCACCACCAUCAAAACUACCACGCCGGAGUAGCUGUCACGACCUCGACGGGCGGACAUCACCACAAUCCGGCCAGCACGGCCACGUCUCAUUUCGCUGCCGGGUUCGCAGCAGCCGCGGUGGCCGCCGCCGCCGUCGGUUCGUUGCAGCAACACGAGUCCGCCAACUCUGCUGGAUCCGGAUCUCAGCAGAAUGGCCUCCAUCUCUCGACGACGAGUUCUUCAAAAAUCGCCAGUUCAUCCGCCCUGGUCGUUGCCUCGAGCAACGCUGAAAAACGCAACAAUCAAAGGAAUAAGUCGGAGCAGUUGCAGCAACAACAACAGCAACAACAGCAGCAGCAGCAAUCGAGUCCUUCGCAUCAGUCGAGAACAUCGCCCGAUUUCGUUAGACUGUUUGCUGCCUUCCAUUCAUUAGUCUGAAUCCAUGGACAAUUUGGAGAGGAAUGAAUCAAGAAGAUUGAAAAAUAACGUCAACUCAACACCAUUUGAUAGAACACCGUUGGAUUCGUCAGAAGAGGAAAUGGUCAGGCCAUCACUAGCGGGGGAUGGUUCACUCCAUUU